AUGUAUUUCUUCCCCGAACUUGUACAGCAGGAUUUGACUAGCAAGAUGUUUGUAGUACCAGAAAUUGUGAUCUUAUCAGUAAGAGAUUCGAAACUACUUUUGAUGAUGCAGAGGGUAAACAGAAAAAAAAAUUCUGUUUCCAAUCAAGGGUUUUCAAAUGACAAAGGUAAACCUCUGAACAUCCCUUGCAAAGCAUUCUUUGGAUUCAGUGGAGAAUCUGGACCAAUGAUCUAUUGGAUGAAAGGCGAGAAGUUUAUUGAAGAGCUGGCAGGUCACAUUAGAGAAGGUGAAAUAAGGCUCCUCAAAGAGCAUCUUGGAGAAAAAGAAGUGGAAUUGACACUCAUCUUUGACUCAGUGGUGGAAGCUGACUUGGCUAAUUAUACCUGCCAUGUGGAAAACAGAAAUGGACGGAAACAUGCCAGUGUUCUACUACGUAAAAAGGAUUUAAUAUACAAAAUUGAGCUUGCGGGGGGCCUGGGAGCGAUCUUCCUCCUACUUAUACUGCUGGUGGUGCUCUACAAAUGCUACAACAUAGAAUUGAUGCUCUUCUACCGACAGCGUUUCGGAGGUGAUGAAACUGAUGACAACAAAGAAUAUGAUGCCUAUCUCUCUUACACAAAAGUGGAUCAAGAUACGUUGGACUGUGACAAUACUGAGGAAGAGCAGUUUGCUCUUGAAAUACUGCCAGAUGUCCUAGAAAAACACUAUGGAUAUAAACUCUUUAUCCCAGAAAGAGAUCUGAUUCCAAGUGGAACAUACAUUGAAGAUCUCACAAGAUGUGUUGAACAAAGCAGAAGACUUAUUAUCGUGCUAACUCCAGACUAUAUUCUCAGACGGGGAUGGAGUAUUUUCGAACUGGAAAGCAGACUCCAUAACAUGCUAGUCAGUGGAGAAAUCAAAGUGAUUUUGAUUGAGUGUACAGAAUUAAAAGGGAAGGUGAAUUGCCAGGAAGUGGAAUCACUAAAGCACAACAUCAAACUUCUAUCACUGAUCAAGUGGAAGGGACCCAAAAGCAGCAAAUUAAAUUCCAAAUUUUGGAAGCACUUAGUGUAUGAAAUGCCCAUCAAGAAAAAAGAAAUGCUAUCCCAUUGCCAUGUUCUAGACUCUGCAGAACAGGGGCUUUUUGGAGAACUUCAGCCUAUACCUUCAAUUGCCAUGACAAGUACAUCAGCCACAAUGGUGCCAUCACAAGCUGAUCUCCCUGAUUUCCACCAUUCGGAUUCAAUGCAAAUGAGGCACUGUUGCAGAGGAUACAAACACGAGAUGCCAACCAACACCCUGUCAGUACCUUCCUUAGGCAACCACCACACUUACUGUAACUUGCCACUGACACUCCUCAACGGACAGCUACCCCUUAAUAACUCCCUGAAAGAGACUGAGGAAUUUUCAAGGAACAAUUCCCUACUGCCGUUAUCAUCCAAAGAGCUUAGCUUCACCAGUGAUAUUUGGUAGUGAGAAAAAAAAAACUCAAUUCCUCUGAACAUCUACAUGAGAAUAUGGAAUUUCUGCUAUACUGAGCAUAAAUUACACCUAAAAACAUUGAGGUGCUGAAAAUGUGAAGAAAAGGCACAAAAAAAAUCAAGUUUAUACUUAAAUAUUUUUGUUUACAUUUAUAGAAUAGUGGGGGAAUAGAAGGUCUUGCUUUUGUAGUGUGGCACCUUGUCCCAAUGUACAGUUUUGAUUUUUUCCUAAAAAGAAAAAAAUUGAAUUGUGUCCUUUUCAAGUAAGUUUUAUGGCACCACAUGGAUUGCCCAUAUUUAAGAAUUCAGCAUUUAAACGUAUUUUUCAAAAAAAAAAAAAAGGAAAUCCUAGAGACUCAAUGAAUUUGAAAAUUAUGAGUGAAUGUUUAAGUGAAAGGAGAACUUCUGUAGAUAACUGAAAACAGUUGGGAAUUACAAAGGAAAAACUGAUGCAGCCAAUUGGAAGAUUGUUUGUCCAGGAAGAUCAGUUGAGAAAAUAGUAUGAUUGAAACAUUUACAUCUUCUUCAACAUAAUGGACAACUUCUGUAGACUAAAUCAACAGCCUGUAAUAACAGCUUUUAGUUCUAUUAGACAAGCACAGCAACUGUAGCCACACUGGUAGGUAGGGAAACUAUGUGCAUUCCUUAAGCAAAUGAAUAGACAGCUCUAAGCUCUUUAAAGAUGAUUUUUAGUAAGCCUUAUGACUUUCUGGAUCAUUAAAAAACAUUUUACAACUUUGAAAAUGCAUCUUAAAGUGCACAUUUUAUUGUUUAUUGUUUUCUAAAACAUUCCUAUUUAGAUGUUUUCUUCCCAAACACUCUUGUGAUCUUCUUGAAGAUUUAUGUGAAGAUGUGGGCAUUGUCCUACUUGUUUUUCAGCCUUACUGCAAGUUGAACUUAAAUACAUAUUGACUGCAAAUGUCUGCAGUUGGAAAGAAGUAAGGACACUAUUCAGAAAUGAAGUGCUAAGCGAUUCGAGUUUACUAGUGAUAGAGCAGCGACUGCAGACUUUUCAUUUGUACAUACAACAAGUCUGUUCCUGCAGAAGUAUCUGUAUUUCCAGUGCUUCAGAGAAUAUAUUUGAUAGACUGAACUUGUCUACUCUCAUGCAGUGACUGUGACUGUACCAUCUGAGAACGUCUUUGUCAAUAGCCUAUCUCCUAUUGGCUAUAAGAAAUGUACUCCUAUUCUAGCAUUUAUUGUGGAUUACGGCUUUCCAUCACUUACAAUUAGUUUGGUGUGCUCUCCAACUUGAUACCUGUGGGGGUCAAUUUCAUAACUGCUUAUCAAAGUUGAUUCAGAAAUUUUGCAAAUGGUUCUUACAUAAAGUUCUUGAACAAUUAUAAACAAGGACAAUGUACACAAUGUGUAAAAAUUAAGACUUUGUUUACCCCUUGUGAUUGUGAGACCCAAAAGUAGAAGCAAACAUAAGAAAAUAUUCUUUGAUGAUCUGUCUCUAAUCUCUUUCCAUGGUUGGUUCCCUGUAAUCCACCUAUUCUGUGAAAGUACCUGUUUCUCUAUUGCUUUUCUAUAUCUAACUGUUCAGAAAAUGCAUUAUGCACCAAACUGAGUGAAAUUUCACAGUGAUACAUGUUCGUUUCACAGGGAGACAAUUAGUUUCCCCUUUGAAAAGUCCUGUUCAAUAUAUGUAGGUAUUUUAUAGAUGUAUUUUUUCCACCAAGAAUGGAAACUUCUGUUAAAACUAUAGGUAUUUCAAAAUGAAAAUGUAUCAAUUCUGAAGUGUUUUUCCAGUGUUAUAAAGUUGUAUUUACUCUGGGUGUUCCUUAAUGCUAUGUGUAAUGACUAAAUUAAUAAUCUGCAUGAAAUGAGUGCUACAUGUUUUAAGUGGACAAUUGUACUUUAUACUAUUUUAUUUUUCACAGAAAUCUAGAUUAAUUCAAAUAGAAUGUUCAGUCGUAUUUUUAAACUAAUAGUUCUGUAUUGAGCAUGCCAGUUCUGAAAAUAUA